AUGAUGUGGCAAGUCAUGGGAUUGUAUGGUAUAACAGGACAAAACAAGCAUAAAUGCCCUUAUUGUACAGCCUCAAAUAUGGCUGAAUUUGGAAAAUAUUCAGCGUUUGAUCCAAAGAGGGGUGCCAGAACGUUGAAUCAACAAUAUCAGGAAAUUGGAAAAUCGAAACCAGGCUUGGGAUAUCUCUUCUCAAUAGAAAAAUACACGGAAAUAAUUUCAUUAAUAUGUACAACAGAUACAAUUGCAGAACGUGCUCAACAUUUAAAGAACGUAAUGACUUUUUUGGAAGAACAUGCUAAGAAAACCAACCUCGAUGUCCUCUAUCGAACGGUAUAUGAACGAAGGGAAUCGGAGCGGGACACCUAG